UCGCGGUCCGGCCUUGCAUCACCUCGGUCACCGGGCGCCUCGUGUGCAGUUCUUCACUGGCUCCCGUCGUGGCCCUCAGCAACAAAAUGGUUCAGCAAGUUCCAGAAAACAUCAAUUUUCCUGCUGAAGAAGAGAAAAUCUUACAGUUCUGGUCCGAAUUUAAUUGUUUCCAAGAAUGCCUAAAGCAGUCAAAACAUAGGCCAAAAUUUACUUUCUAUGAUGGGCCUCCUUUUGCAACUGGACUACCUCACUAUGGACAUAUACUUGCAGGGACAAUUAAAGAUAUAGUUACAAGAUAUGCUCACCAGAGUGGGUUUCAUGUUGACAGAAGAUUUGGAUGGGAUUGUCAUGGCUUACCUGUGGAAUAUGAAAUAGAUAAGAUACUAGGAAUCAGAGGACCAGAGGAUGUAGCCAAAAUGGGGAUUGUGGAGUAUAACAAUCAGUGCCGAGCAAUUGUGAUGAGAUAUUCUACUGAGUGGAAGUCUACUGUUACCAGACUUGGCCGAUGGAUUGACUUUGACAAUGACUAUAAAACACUCUAUCCAGAAUUCAUGGAAUCUGUCUGGUGGGUCUUCAAACAACUUUAUGAUAAAGGCCUUGUUUAUAGAGGUAUGAAAGUCAUGCCUUUUUCCACUGCAUGCAACACUCCACUUUCUAACUUCGAAUCUCACCAGAAUUACAAGGACGUUCAAGAUCCUUCAAUAUUUGUUACCUUUCCUUUGGAGGAAGACGAAAAUAUAUCUUUGGUUGCUUGGACAACUACUCCCUGGACUCUGCCUAGUAACCUUGCCCUCUGUGUUAAUCCGGAUAUGCAGUAUGUCAAGAUUAAAGAUGUUGUCAGAGGAAAAUCAUUCAUUUUAAUGGAAGCCAGAUUACCGGCCCUCUACAAAUUGGAGAGUGACUAUGAGAUCCUUGAAAGAUUUCCAGGUGCCUCUCUCCAAGGCAAGAAGUACAGGCCCCUGUUUGACUAUUUUGUGAAGUGGAAAAAGCAUGGCGCCUUUACAGUGCUUGUCGACAAUUAUGUGAGGGAGGAAGAAGGCACUGGGGUGGUACAUCAAGCUCCUUACUUUGGUGCUGAUGACUAUCGGGUCUGUAUGGACUUCAACAUCAUUCAGAAAGAUUCUGUCCCUGUGUGCCCUGUGGAUGCUUCAGGCUGUUUCACAGCGGAAGUGACAGAUUUCAUGGGACAGUAUGUGAAGGAUGCUGACAAAAAUAUCAUCAGGAUGCUGAAGGAACAAGGCCGACUUCUUGUUGCCAGCACCUUCACUCAUAGCUACCCUUUCUGCUGGAGAUCAGAUACCCCCCUCAUUUACAAAGCGGUGCCCAGCUGGUUUGUGCGGGUUGAGCACAUGGUGGACCAGCUGAUGAGGAACAAUGACCUGUGUUACUGGGUCCCGGAGUUUGUGAGAGAAAAGCGGUUUGGAAAUUGGCUGAAAGAUGCACGAGACUGGGCCAUUUCCAGAAACAGAUACUGGGGCACCCCCAUCCCACUGUGGGUCAGCGAGGACUUCGAGGAGAUAGUAUGCAUUGGGUCAAUGGCAGAACUUGAAGAACUGUCAGGAACAAAGAUCUCAGAUCUCCACAGAGAGAGCAUUGACCAUCUGACCAUUCCUUCACGCUGUGGGAAGGGAUUGCUGCGUCGCGUGUCUGAAGUGUUUGACUGUUGGUUUGAGAGUGGCAGCAUGCCCUAUGCUCAAGUUCAUUAUCCAUUUGAAAAUAAGAAGGAGUUUGAAGAUGCAUUUCCUGCAGACUUCAUUGCUGAAGGCAUUGAUCAAACCAGAGGAUGGUUUUACACUCUGCUGGUGCUGGCCACAGCUCUCUUUGGACAACCACCUUUCAGGAAUGUGAUUGUGAAUGGGCUCGUCCUUGCAAGUGAUGGCCAGAAAAUGAGCAAACGAAAAAAGAAUUAUCCAGAUCCACUUUCCAUCAUCCAUAAAUAUGGUGCUGACGCCCUCAGAUUGUAUCUGAUUAACUCCCCUGUGGUGAGAGCAGAAAACCUCCGCUUUAAGGAGGAAGGUGUUCGCGAUGUUCUGAAGGACGUGCUGCUCCCUUGGUACAAUGCCUAUCGCUUCUUCAUCCAGAAUGUCCUGAGGCUGCAGAAGGAGGAAGAAAUGGAAUUCCUCUACAAUGAGAACACGGUUAAAGAAAGUGCCAACAUUACAGACCAGUGGAUCCUGUCCUUCAUGCAGUCGCUCAUUGCCUUCUUUGAGACCGAAAUGGCAGCUUAUAGGCUUUAUACUGUGGUGCCCCGCCUGGUCAAGUUUGUCGAUGUUCUGACCAAUUGGUAUGUCAGGAUGAACCGCCGAAGAUUAAAGGGCGAAAAUGGGAAGGAGGAUUGUGUUACGGCCCUGGAAACCUUGUUCAGUGUUCUGCUUUCUCUGUGCAGACUGAUGGCCCCGUAUACACCUUUUCUUACUGAAUUGAUGUACCAGAAUCUUAAGAUGCUGAUUGACCCUGUUUCUGUCCAGGACAAGGACACACUCAGCAUCCACUACCUCAUGCUGCCCCGUGUUCGAGAGGAAUUGAUUGACAAGAAAACUGAGAGUGCAGUAUCUAGAAUGCAGUCUGUGAUUGAACUUGGGCGAGUGAUUCGUGACCGCAAAACUAUUCCAAUAAAGUAUCCUUUGAAAGAAAUUGUCGUUAUCCAUCAAGAUCCAGAAGCUCUCGGUGAUAUCAGAUCUUUGGAGAAGUAUAUUAUUGAGGAGUUGAAUGUUCAAAAAGUUACACUGUCUACAGAUAAAAACAAGUAUGGUAUUCGCCUAAGGGCAGAGCCAGAUCACAUGAUCCUGGGGAAGCGGCUGAAGGGAGCCUUCAAGGCAGUGAUGACGUCCAUCAAGCAGCUGAGCAGUGAGGAGCUGGAGCAGUUCCAGAAGCGUGGGUCCAUUGUUGUGGAAGGCCAUGAAUUGCAUGAAGAUGACAUUCGCCUUAUGUACACCUUUGAUCAAGCAACAGUUGAGACAGCCCAGUUUGAAGCACACUCGGACGCUCAGGCUUUGGUUCUCUUAGAUGUCACCCCUGACCAGGCAAUGGUGGAUCAAGGGGUGGCUCGGGAAGUCAUCAAUCGCAUCCAGAAACUUCGCAAAAAGUGCAAUCUGGUUCCCACUGAUGAAAUAACAGUUUAUUACACAGCAAAGUCUGAAGGAAAUUAUCUGAGCACCAUUAUUGAAAGCCACAUGGAGUUCAUAUUUGCCACCAUAAAGGCUCCCUUGAAACCAUAUCCAGUCGCUACAUCAGAUAAAAUCCUUAUUCAGGAAAAAAUGCAGUUAAAGGGGUCUGACCUGGAAAUUACACUCACCAGGGGAUCCUCCACACCUGGCCCUGCUUGUGCAUAUGUCAAUCUUCACAUUUGUGCAAAUGGCAGUGAGCAAGGUGGAGUACUGCUUCUGGAAAAUCCUAAAGGCGAUAAUCGGUUAGACCUCCUAAAGCUGAAGAGUGUUGUUACCAGCAUUUUUGGUGUGAAGAACACAGAGCUGGCGCUCUUCCACGGGGAAACAGAAAUACAAAACCAAACCGACUUACUGAGUCUUAGUGGAAAGAUGCUGGGUGUGACUGCAGGACCAGCUCCCUCUGUGAUUGACAGUCCUGGUACUCUUCUCUGUCGGUAUAUCAACCUACAGCUACUGAAUGCAGACCCACAAGAGUGUUUAAUGGGAACAGUGGGCACCCUCCUGCUGGAAAACCCACUUGGGCAGAAUGGACUCACCUAUGAAGGUCUUCUGUGUGAAGCAGCCAAGAUGUUUGGCCUUCGCAGCAGGAAGCUAAAGCUGUUUCUGAAUGAGACUCAAAUGGAUGAAAUUACAGAAGAAAUUCCCCUGAAGACUUUGAACACGAAGACUGUGUAUGUUUCUGUAUUUCCAACAACGGCUGACUUCUAACUUUCUGUUAUCAGUGUGGUUCAGUCAACCUUUCCCUACACACACACACACACACAUUCAUGUAUUGAAAAUAAUCCUUUCAGGUGCAUUUGGUCUAAAUGUGCUGCUUUUGGUCUAAAUGUGACGUGGCAUUGGUUCAUCAAGUAGCUUAAAACCUCACAGCAAUAUUCACAUUUAACCUUAAGCACCUAUGUAGUCAUGUUGGGAGAAGAUUGCAAUGUUACCUCAGCACUAGAGUUUAUUUCUGUACUUGAAUUCCUUAAGUAUAGAGGGAGAAAGUUAUUAAAGUGGCAUAAUGUUUAUCCUUUUUAUGGUCUUUUAAAACCUUGAGGAAAUGGAUAAUUAUCUGGAUUUCCUUGGAUAAUUUGAUGGAAUAUGUUGUUCCAUUAAAGCAAGAAAAAUAACCAAGCUUUCUCAGAUAAUAAAUAUGUUAAAAGUAA